AGAGUUGGUUAAGGUUCUUGAUAUUGCUUAUACAUGGAAGGCUGUCAUUUUACUCGACGAAGCAGAUAUCUACCUUGAAAAACGUAACACAGUUGAUCUGGUUCGUAACACAAUGGUUGGAAUAUUUUUACGUCUGCUAGAAUACUAUCAAGGUGUCAUUUUCCUGACAACAAAUCGGGUUAUAAGCUUUGAUGAUGCGCGUGCCGAUUUACCUCUCAAAGCUGAUGAAUUUGCUAAUUACGAUUUGAAUGGUCGUGAGAUCCGUAAUGUUCUUCACGCUGCACGAUUGUUGGCUAAGAAUAAAGGUAAAACGUUGUCUGCAGAAAACGUAAUUGAUGUUAUAAGCAUCGUUCAAGAAUUUAAACAAGAGACUAGUGAAAUGAAAAAAGAUAAUUAUUGA